CUGAUCCUGCCCAGUUCGAUCGGCAACGGGAGCGGAAAGAGGAAAGCAGAGUGUCCGAAGGCAGUAGCCCCCACCACCGCCGGCCCAGGUUACCAUCUAGCACCGGGAGACACAGCAGAGAGCCGCCGCCGGCAGAAGCCAUUAACAGCACCAGUAAUCAUGAGCAGCGAGGCCGAGACACAACAACCGCCGCAGCCUGCUGCCGAUGCGGAGAGCCCAUCCAGCCCGGCAGCCGCAGCUUCCGCGGGGGAUAAGAAGGUCAUCGCAACAAAAGUCUUGGGUACAGUCAAAUGGUUCAACGUCAGGAAUGGCUAUGGUUUCAUCAAUAGGAAUGAUACAAAAGAAGAUGUUUUUGUACACCAGACAGCCAUCAAAAAGAACAACCCGAGAAAAUACCUCCGCAGUGUUGGAGAUGGCGAGACUGUGGAAUUUGACGUUGUGGAAGGAGAGAAGGGGGCAGAGGCGGCAAAUGUCACCGGCCCGGGAGGUGUUCCAGUACAGGGCAGUAAGUAUGCUGCCGAGAGGAGCCGCUUUAGACGGUAUCCCCGAAGGAGGGGCCCACCCCGUGGUGGAGACUACCCUGAAAACUACCAGAGUGACGGCGAGGGUGAACCAGGCAGUGGCGGUCGUGACAAAGGCAGACGAGACGGGGGAGAUAGUGCCCCUGAAGGAGAUAUGCAGCAACAGCAGCGCAGGCCCGCAUACCCUGGCAGACAGCGAUACCCACCAUACUUUGUACGUAGACGCUACGGCCGCCGGCCCCCGUACACCAACGCACCACGCGGAGAGAUGGCUGAGGGUGGUGAAGGUGAUGAAGGCCAGAGAGGUCCAGACCAGGGCAACAAGCCUGGGAGGCAGAAUUACAACAGAGGCUACCGAGCAAGGUUCAGACCAAGAGGUCCGCCCCGUCCCAGACCAGUGCGGGAUGGUGAGGAGGACAAGGAAAAUCAGGGUGGUGAUGGUGGUCAGAACCAACAGCCCCGCCAGAGGCGCUACCGUCGCAACAUCAACUAUCGUCGCAGACGCCCACAGACUGGUGGCAAACCUGGCCAGGAAACAAAAGAGGCCAAGACAGGAGGUGACCCAUCUGUAGAGAAGACGUCCGCUCCCGAGGCCCAGCAGAGUGGGGCUGAGUAGGAAACAACCUGCCCACCGGCACCUACCAUCUUUUACCAUCGUCCGGUUUUUGUGAACAAGAAACAUCCAACAAGAUCUGAGCAAUAAACAGAUUUGACUUGAUGAUCGUCACAAGCUUGCACCAUGCAUUUGACCAGAAUACCACCGAUUGCCUGCAGAAUCUAUGCAGACUCUUUCGUUUGUCUCCAUUAUUUUUAUGUGACAGCUACAAUGUUUUGGGGAAACAGCAAAUGUUUUUCUAAAUCUGUCCUAAGUUUUUACACCAAAUGGUUUUUAAAAUGAAAUUUGAUAUCUGGUCAGUUUGACACUUUUGAAUAACUUUUUAUGUAUUCAAACAUUUUAAAAAUGCAAGCUCAAAUAAAAAA